ACGCCAACUUUUAAAUCCCGAUCCUUCCCGACGCUUCCGCCCCGUCCCCUUCCGACGUGCACCUCAUUGCCGUCCCCUCCAUCGCCGCUGCUAGACUCCUAGCCGCCGCCUCUCAACUAGUUUUCUGUUCGGUGGAUUUUCAAAAACCCCCAAUGCGCCAAACGCCAUAGCUCUCUUGCUAGUUGACAGAAUUGAGUGAUUCGACUUGUAAAAGAACGCCCUUGGUGUCAGCUACAACGUCGUAAAAUUUUGGACUGUUUCAUCGCUUGGAUUUAGUGGCUCAUCUGGUAGCCGUGGUGGCCGCCCUGGCACUCUCCCCCCAUGUUCCUAUCUUCGCCGUUUUGGUCCCAGGGCGGGUGAGCGCUGCACCCAAACCAACCAUCCCCCCGUGACCUGCUUCGAGGCGUAUGAUGACGCCUGGUUCGAGCGCGGCAACACUGGCACACCCCCACGCUGGUCUGCCAUGGAUCCCUGCCCCUCUCUCCAGGAUGUCAAAACUCUUCCGUCUUUCCUCCCCUCUCAUCUUCAGCUCUCCUCCUCCUCCUCCUCCUCUGUCGCUGACCCCAUAACUCCCCAGGAGCUGCAGCAGUUUCGCCGCUUCCAGCAGCUGCAGCUGCUGCAGCAGCAGCAGCAGUGGGGCUCUGGUGUCCUUCUACAUCGACCAAGUCUUGCAGCGGUUCGACAUGGCGCAGGCCAAGCCGGUUACCACUCCCCUGCAGACCGACCACCAGCUUGCCCCUCCUCUUGCUCCCUCCUCCUCUGACCAUCCUUAUGCUGAGCUCGCCGGUUCCCUAAUGUACGCUAUGAGAUGCACCCGCCCCAUCCUUGCCUACCCCAUGGCCACUCCAAGCACAUUGAACUCCGCUAUUUCUUCGUUCGGGAGUUUGUCCAACAGGGUCACUUGGUGGUCCGCAAGAUUGCUGCAGAGGCCAACCUGGCUGACAUUUUAACC